CACUCACUUGGUCGCACCAUCCCGUUCGGGCAUCCACACUCCACUCCCGCACGGGUACGGCAGCAGCAACAGGAGUAGCAGCCUACCACCGGCGUCCCGCGCGAACGGCAGGACCGAUGGAAGCAGAGAACAAGCCGCACUCGCAGCCACCGCCAUCGUGGUCAGACCUGCCGCUGGACCUAGCAGGCCUGGUGCUCCGCCUUCUCCCCGGGUACGCCGACCGCGCCCGCUUCGCCGCGGUGUGCCCGCAAUGGCGUGCCGCCGCAAGGCAGCAGCUCCGGACCCCAUCACUGCCCCUGCUCGUUCUCCCCGACGGCACCUUCUACAGCCUCCCCUAUGAAGAGCCUUUCUGCUUCCCGGGCUGCGGCUUCGCUGGGUACAAGAGUGCCUGCGGAAGCUGGCUUGUCUUCCCCCGCGAUGAUGGGUGCUUCCUUGUCAACCCUUUCUCCAGGGCCACCAUGACACUCCCUCCUCUCUCCAGCGUCCGACUCCGGCCUCCAAGUGCAGUCGCUAAAUGGUCAUAUGAGCAUGGGUCAAAAUUUGCCGUCCCCUACACUACAUGGAUGCAUAUCAAUGACUCAGAGAAGCUGCACAUAAUUAAGCUAAUCCUGUGCUCGCCAAACCUUGUUGCCGCACUAGUUGGCGUUGAGCACACCAGUCAGAUCCUAAUGUGCCAGCCAGGGGCCUUGUCGUGGUCGGUACGCGCGUGCGACAAGUGUAGGGAUUUUGAAGACAUGAUAUUCUACCAAGGAAAGCUCUAUGUCCUUACCGAUAACGAGAACCUCCUUGUGGUGAACAUCAGCAACGACCAAGGCACCGGUGAUCCACAGGUUUCUCGGAUUGGAAGAGUCAUCAAAGGCAAUGGUGAGCGCUGCUACAUGGGUGGUCUCAGGUUGUACCAUGUGAUGCAAGACGAGAACUCUAUGCCCGUCAUGCCCCUCAAAAAGAUCUAUCUGGUUGAAUCACGUGGCGCGUUACUGAUGGUAUGCAGGAAGAUUUGGUGCCAGGUUCCUGAACCUAAACCUGGAGUGAGGGGUAAAGUUGUUGCUGGACAGAACAAGUUUGAGGUAUUUGAGGCUGACUUCGAGCAUUCACGGUGGAUCAAGGUGUCGGACGUGGGGGAUGACCAGGUGCUAUUUCUAGGGCGAAGGUGCUCCAGGGCCGUGUCCGUGUCUCGGUACGGUUUGUUGGGCAAUCGCAUCUUCUUCUUGGAUGAUGACGACGAGUAUCGUAUAGACUACUAUUACAACGAGGAGAAUACAUCAUGCAGCGCCUAUGACAUGCGACUCGGCAGCGUCUCUUCCCCUCAUCCAAUGAUCUCCUGGAAGCGCCGCAUUGAGACACGUCUGGCAGCAUGGCUCUUUCCUCAGGACUGAAGUCAAGGUGUUAUAUUGUUGUUGGGUUGUGGCUAUACAAGCUGCUCCCAUGUUAUCUGACCAUGCUAAAGAUUUCGUCCAGUGUUUAUUUUGCAAUCUGGUCACAUGUUAUC